CCGCCACUUAAAACUCGCGCAUUUCUUCCUCUGCUGUACUUCUCACUGUUUGAGUGCGUGAGUGAUGUCGAUGUCGAAGUCGAAGCCGAGGCUCGCGUGUGUCGUGUGCUUGGCGCUCGUGUGCGCGGUGGCGCUCAUCAGCGUGUGCGCGCUGCUGCUCGUGCGGAUGCACCGGGGCUGCGAGGAGAACGGAAAGUUUUUGCACGCUGCAGUCGCCGCUGACUCUCUCACGUGCUCUGACAUCGGCAGGGAUAUUCUGUUAGAAGGCGGCUCGGCAGUAGACGCUGCUAUUUCUGCGCUGCUAUGUACAUCACUAAUUAAUCCUCAGAGCAUGGGAAUUGGAGGAGGCUCCAUCUUCACCAUCAUGAACAAAGACGGUGAUGUGAGCGUGAUCAACUCAAGAGAAACGGUCCCUAAAAGCUUCCCAGCAAACCUGCUGGACAAAUGUCCCACUUCCAUAACAUUAGGUCAAGUCGGUGCACAGUGGAUUGGUGUUCCAGGUGAGCUGCGUGGUUAUCAAUAUGCUCACUCCAGGUUUGGUAAACUGCCUUGGGCUCGACUGUUCCAGCCCAGCAUUAAACUGGCCAGAAAAGGCUUUCCUGUUCCCGAGUACUUCAGCAAUCUUCUCAAAUACCCAACCAUCACUAAACUGGUGCAGAGCACGUCAUUGUGUCAGUUAUUUUGCCGCGAGGAUAAAACCGUGAUCGGUCCAGGCGAUACACUACGGUACCCAAAACUUGCUGACACUCUGGAAAUGAUUGCGGAAAAGGGGCCCGACGCUUUUUAUACAGGCAAAAUCGCAGAAGACUUAAUCCAAGAUGUGAAGGCAGAAGGUGGAUCAUUGUCAUUAGAGGAUCUAAGCUCUUUUAAGGUGAGGGUCGAUGAAGCGUUAUCGGUUCCGCUGGGCGAUUUUACCAUGCAUUUCCCUCCUCCGCCAUUUGGAGGCACUCUACUCAGCUUCAUCCUCAAUGUCAUGCAGGGUUUUGGACUGUCUCCACCAUACGUGAAGGGUGAGGAGAGAAAACUGACACUUCAUAGAUACAUAGAAACACUAAAGUUCGCAAACGGACAGAAGAAGAAUAUCAGAGACCCGCUGCACAGCCAGUACAGAGCAGACCAUCUGAUGGAUUCAGGCUUUGCUGAUCACAUCAGGUCGAUGAUCAGCAGCAGUGGUACACACCCAAUUUCUUACUACAAUGUCACCCCCUCCACCGAUCGAUUUGGGACAACGCAUGUUUCCGUUCUAGCUAGUGAUGGCUCAGCAGUUUCUGUCACUAGCACCAUCAAUCACAUUUUUGGAUCAGGUAUCUAUUCUCCUAAAACGGGGAUCAUACUAAACAACGAGGUGGCGGAUUUCUGUGGAAGAGCUGAUUCUGUCUCUGCAGGUGAACAGCCACCAUCCUCCAUGUCACCGGUUAUUAUCCACUCAAAGCACAGAGAGAAAGUUUUAGUUAUCGGAGGAUCUGGAGGGAGUCAGAUUAUCACCGGCAUUGCCACGGCAAUAAUGAACAAACUGUGGCUUGGGAUGAACCUGGAAGAUGCCAUCCAUGACAAAGUGGUUUUUGUCAGCUCAGAUAAUUCAGUGUUGGUAGAGCGGGGGUUUAAUGAGUCGAUGAAGAAAGCCAUGCAGUCUUUCGGACAUGACGUAAAAGAUAACCAAUUUUCCUUCAACGUUGUGAAUGGCAUAAUGAAAGAGCACGGCUGCAUCACCGCUGUCUCUGACGCUAGGAAAAAAGGAGAAGCAUCAGGCUACUGAUCACCCUGGAGCAGAUUCAACUCACAUCUUAACUCAGAACUUUUUCAUUUGACUGUAGAGAAUCUAGAUUAUACCAUUUCCAUAUUAUACUGUGUGUGAGACCGUACAUCUCUGCCUAUUACUUAUUCCUUAUACUGGAGAUUUUUAUGUAAUGUAGCAGCCUAAUACAGGGAACUGAGUUUAUAUUUUACUGUAAAAUAACAUGACCAAUUUUUACAUGAAUUUUCUUGUGUAACACACAAGACUCAAAAGAGAUUUGGGGAUCCAUGAAUUGGACGAUGAUUAGUUGACAAUCUAGUACAAAGUCCAAAAAUCAAGGUUUUAAGGAGGGCAUUUAUCAAACACAAUGAGUAAAUCCUGGAGGCAAGGGUCAGAAGAGGAAAUGCAAUCACUACUGUUUCAGAUCGUACUCAAACUAAAAAUUGACGAGACUUCGCAAUGGUUCUUAGUUAGAGUUUGCUUUAUUCAUAUAUAUAUAUAUAUACUGUGUAAACUAAAAGUUCUUACCACGUAGUUCACCUUUGCUGGGAGGGAGGUAUAAUGUCCUGUACUCAUGUCACACUAAUACAGUAGGACAGUAACCCUAAACAAAAAUGACAUAUUUGCGCAUAGUAUCUCGAAUCACUGAGCUGCCAGUUGUUGCCAUAGGAACAACUGCCUAUUUUAUAACACAAAAUGAUCACUCUAAACUCCCUGUACUGUAGUGGUGUUCUCGUUCAAAAUAAAAACCACUAUGCCCUCUGAAGACCCCGCUCCUUCCGAUAUGAAAAGGCAAGCACAAAACGCAGGACUGUACCUUGGAGUUCCAGAGCUUCCUAAAGAAUAUUUCUCUUGGCACCAAACUCUGUUAAAUUUUAUAUUGAGUUUUAUACUUUAAAUAUAUUCAGGCAUCCUACAGGAAUUUUCUGGGAUGACCUUUAGGUGUGAGCCCCUAGAACUGUCACUACAAUGUCCACUAGCAUUUAAUGUUGGUUGGCAUUUAAUGUUUCAUCUUAAUACAUAGUUCAUAUUAAUAGUGCUCUACAGUACAUCUGACUGUGAGUUUCCCAUUCUUAAUACAUUACUACCCUAGACAUAUGUGAUCUGAAGCAGAGCUACUUCACAAAAAAUGAAGCUAAAUCAAGCAGCAGAUUCUGUUCUGUUCACCUGAAUAAACAUACAUUAUUGAUACAGGCCUGGAUAGAAAUGUAUCAGAGUAACAAUUACACUACAAAAAAAAAAAAAAAGCUAUGAAAAGCUCAAAACAAAGCAUCACACAGAGCAGCAAAUAAACCAAACUGAGCCAAAUUAGCAGACUGUGCCUCAAGUGAAUGGAAAUGUGACAUCAUUUAGACUACUUUUCAUGUAGCCUUAUACUUAUACUUGUAUUAAUACUAUAUUGUAUUAAUAUUAUGUUUUAAUACUGUUUUGUAUAAUUUUACAUAAUCGUGAUGUUAACUGUAUAGUUUUUGUACUGAUUUUUAAACUUCAUUACUGUAUUUUUUUUUUUUUUUUUUUUUUUUUUAAUAUACAUAUCAGGGUUUCUUUUGGGAUCUAGCAGGACAUAUAGCCAAAUGACAAAUGUUCAUUUUUGCAUUAGCCAAAAUGUUAGCUUUAAUUUUGUUUGUGUAUAGUAGCCAUGCAGUUAUUGUUGUUUGCUGUCCCAUGGAGUACAUCAGUGUUAACUUAGACUUAAAAUAGCACUGACAACCCCACAGGACCAUUAAAGGAAAUAAAAAAAAAAAAAAUUAAAAAAAAGGAAA